AUGAAAGUGAUACGAUUUAGACCGGAUUUUGCAGCCGCUUGGAUGAAUUUAGGCAUCGUCCUGGCUGCGCUUAGGCAAUUUAAUGAAUCCAAGAACUGUUAUGAAAAGUCUUUAUCAUACAGACGUAAUUGCCCGGACUGUUUUUACAAUUUAGGCCUCUUGUACUUAGAGCAAAAGAUGUAUCCAAGGGCGAUGGAAGCAUGGACAGAAACACUCAGACUAGAUAAAAAGCAUCGCAGAGCUUGGAUAAAUACUAUCAGAAUCUUAGAUGACAUGGGAAAACAAGAGAAAGCUUUGAGAGAAGGUGAAAAGGCUAAAAAAAUUCUUCCGGAUGAUGCAACGAUUCGUUUAAAUAUUGCUAAUAUCUUGGGAAAAUUAGAACGAUUUGAAAAAGCUGAAGCUGAAUUUAAACGAGCGGCUGAGUUGGGUCCUACAAAUCCAACAAUUUUUACAAAUCUCGGUGUCCUCUAUCAUCGCUGGCAUAAACUUGAGAAAGCUAAAGAAAUGUAUGCCAAAGCGUUAGAAAUCAAUCCAAAUGCUCAAAGUGCUAAAAAUAAUAUGAAAAAACUAGAAAAUUUGAUACGAAAACAAAAAUUUAAAGGUUUAUAAAAUAAAGUUCAAUAAU